AUGGCGGAGGAGAGGCUGGAGGCGGCCGCUGCCGACGAGUACACGCAGGACGGCACGGUGGACCUCCACGGCAACCCGGUGCUCCGCUCCAAGCGGGGAGGGUGGAAAGCCUGCGGCUUCGUCGUAGUGUACGAGGUAUUCGAGCGGAUGGCGUACUACGGCAUCUCGUCCAACCUGGUGCUGUACCUGACGACGAAGCUGCACCAGGGCGUGGUGCCGUCCGCCAACAACGUCACCAACUGGGUCGGCACCAUCUGGAUGACGCCCAUCAUCGGCGCCUACGUCGCCGACGCGCACCUCGGCCGCUACCGGACCUUCAUGAUCGCCUCCGUCAUCUACCUCUGCGGCAUGAUCCUGCUGACGCUGGCGGUGUCGCUGCCGGCGCUGCGGCCGCCCAAGUGCGGCGCCGGCACGGCGGACCCCAACUGCGUGCAGCAGGCGACGAGCGCGCAGCUGGGCGUCUUCUUCCUGGCGCUGUACAUCCUGGCCGUGGGCACGGGCGGCACGAAGCCCAACAUCUCCACCAUCGGCGCGGACCAGUUCGACGACACCCACCCGCGGGAGCGCAGCCACAAGCUGUCCUUCUUCAACUGGUGGAUGUUCAGCAUCUUCUUCGGCACGCUCUUCGCCAACACCGUGCUCGUCUACAUCCAGGACAAUGUGGGCUGGACCGUCGGCUACGCGCUGCCCACGCUGGGGCUCGCCGUCUCCAUCGCCAUCUUCACCGCCGGCACGCCCUUCUACCGUCACAAGCCCACCUCCGAGAGCCCCUUCGCCAAGAUGGCCAGGGUCAUCGUGGCGGCCGCCAGGAAGCUGGCCGUCUCCGUGCCCGUGGACCCGCGCGACCUGCACGAGCUCGACGAUGAGUACUACGCCAAGAAGAAAGCGGUCCCGCUCCCGCACACGCCCAACCUCAACGUCCUGAGCAAGGCGGCGGUGAAGACCGGCGGCGGUGAAGAAGACCGGUGGUCGCUCAGCACGGUGACGCAGGUGGAGGAGACGAAGCAGAUGCUCAAGAUGCUCCCCGUGCUGGCCAUCACGUUCGUGCCCAGCGCGAUGAUGGCGCAGAUCAACACGCUGUUCGUCAAGCAGGGGACGACGCUGGACCGGCACAUCGGCCCGCGCUUCGAGAUCCCGCCGGCGAGCCUUCAGGGGUUCGUGACCAUCUCCAUGCUGGUCGCCGUCGUGCUCUACGACCGCGUCUUCAUGCCGUUCGCGCGCCGGAUCACGGGGAACCCGCGCGGCAUCUCGCUGCUCCAGCGGAUGAGCGUCGGCCUCGUCAUCCACAUCAUCAUCAUGGGCAUCGCGUCGGUGACGGAGCGGCACCGCCUGGCGGUGGCGCACGAGCACGGGCUCUACGACAGCAAGAACACCACCAUCCCGCUCACCAUCUUCGUGCUGCUCCCGCAGUUCGUGCUCAUGGGCGUGGCCGACGCGUUCCUGGAGGUGGCCAAGAUCGAGUUCUUCUACGACCAGGCGCCCGAGGGCAUGAAGAGCCUCGGCACGUCGUACGCCAUGACGAGCCUCGGCGUCGGCAACUUCCUCAGCAGCGCGCUGCUCUCGACGGUGUCGCACAUCACGGAGCGCCACGGCCGGACCGGGUGGAUCCUCAAUAACCUCAACGCCUCGCGGCUGGACAAGUACUACGCCUUCUUCGCCAUUCUCAACUGCGCCAACCUCGUCGCCUUCUUCUUCGUGUGCCGCUUCUACGUGUACAACGCCGAGGUAUCCCGCGUCGUCGACGCCGGGAGCACCAAGCAGAAUAAGCAGCGGGAAGUGGCGAUGCAGCCGGCGUCCGUGGGCGCAGUGGAGGCCACCCUAUAG